UUUUUUCCGAAUAUUUGCUAAAUUCUAGUUUCACCCUUUCACAUGAUGAAGAACAAUAGGGAAAUCAUGAGAUCCUGAGAAGCAAAAUUCGAAUGCCAAAGUUGAAAAUAAAAAUCUCAGCUGCAAAAGAUCUCCUUGUAGAUUCACCUACGUCACAUUGUUUCUAUCAGAUCUCGUAGAUUUGGAUCUGAUUCAACGAUUCUAGAGAAGAAGAAGAAACAUGGCAGGAGCUGCUUCUGCGCUGUUUCUCCUCGAUAUCAAGGGCCGCGUUCUCGUCUGGCGUGAUUACCGCGGCGACGUCUCCGCCGCUCAAGCCGAGCGCUUCUUCUCUAAGCUCAUCGAGAAAGAGGGUGAUUCACAGUCAAAUGAUCCAGUUGCUUACGAUAAUGGGGUCACUUACAUGUUUGUUCAGCAUAGUAAUGUUUACCUUAUGAUAGCCUCCAGACAGAAUUGUAAUGCUGCCAGUCUUCUCUCCUUCCUUCACCGCGUUGUCGAUGUCUUCAAGCAUUACUUUGAGGAGUUAGAGGAAGAAUCACUCAGGGAUAACUUUGUGGUUGUGUAUGAGUUACUUGAUGAGAUGAUGGACUUUGGGUAUCCUCAGUAUACCGAAGCAAGAAUCCUCAGUGAAUUCAUCAAGACUGAUGCUUAUAGAAUGGAAGUUACGCAGAGACCUCCAAUGGCUGUCACUAAUGCUGUCUCUUGGAGGAGUGAGGGAUUACAGUACAAGAAGAACGAGGUUUUCUUGGAUGUAAUUGAGAAUGUAAAUAUUCUUGUCAACAGUAAUGGGCAAAUCAUCAGGUCUGAUGUUGUUGGAGCCCUCAAGAUGCGAACUUAUUUGACGGGAAUGCCAGAGUGUAAGUUAGGUCUGAAUGAUAGAGUAUUGCUGGAAGCUCAGGGACGGGCAACAAAGGGAAAAGCCAUUGAUCUAGAGGACAUCAAAUUCCAUCAGUGUGUUCGAUUGGCCCGUUUUGAAAAUGACAGGACGAUAUCUUUCAUACCACCGGAUGGUGCUUUUGAUCUGAUGACAUAUAGACUCAGUACUCAGGUAAAGCCUCUUAUAUGGGUGGAAGCGCAAAUAGAAAGGCAUUCCAGAAGUCGUGUUGAGAUGCUUGUAAAAGCUAGAAGUCAGUUCAAAGAACGAAGCACCGCAACGAAUGUUGAGAUUGAGAUACCUGUACCAACUGAUGCAUCUAACCCCACUGUUAGGACAUCUCUAGGGUCUGCCGCUUAUGCUCCUGAAAAGGAUGCAUUGGUCUGGAAAAUCAAAUCUUUCCCCGGGAACAAGGAGUACAUGUUGAGGGCAGAGUUCCAUCUUCCCAGUAUAACUGCAGAAGAAGCAACUCCUGAGCGAAAAGCUCCCAUCCGUGUCAAAUUCGAGAUCCCUUAUUUCACUGUCUCAGGCAUUCAGGUUCGGUACCUGAAGAUAAUCGAGAAGAGCGGGUACCAAGCACUUCCAUGGGUGAGAUACAUAACCAUGGCUGGGGAGUACGAACUAAGACUCGUGUAAGGCUCAUUCAGUUUUUCAUCUUUUAGUGGUUCCCACAUUCCCUGGGGAAUCAAUGAAACGAAACAACACAAGACAAAAGUAGAGAAAAAGAAACGUUUUGGAAUUUUUUUACCGGAUCAAAUCUGCCUUUAAUUUGAGUUAAGUAGCCAUAUUCUUGUGAAUUUGUUUUAUGGUGAUUUUUCAUUUUUGCGUAUGGGCCCUUUGUAACCUUUGACGACAGGUUCCUUUUUUUCUUUACUACAGCUACGUUAUGCCUAUGUUCUGUUAAAUGAUGAUUUUGUUUUUUUUUUUCCUUUGGGGCUUAUGUUACUGUAAUAUAUUGGUACCGAGACGGAAGAGCUUUUAUAGGUUUUACAAAUAAUAAACGAAGUGUACAUGCUAACCAGCCUUGGAAAAAGAACUUGGAGCCCCAAUAAAAUUGCACAAUACGCUAGCGGGCAUUGGGGAUAUGUAAAGUUCGAGUGAUCCAAAACCAAUGAGUGAGAUAAGUGUCACUCUAAAGGAGUUGCUAGUUCGUGUGAGACAUGUCUUGAUCAAAUCCGCCAAGGUUGGCACGGAAGAAGCGAGUUUUUGUAGCGUCGUCUUCCCAUUCCACAGUUUCAAUCCAUUCUUUCACUGUGUAUCUUAUGAUUAGUCCAUCUUCACCAUACUUGCCACUUUGGGAAUUGAGUGGAAGCUGUUUCAGAUUAGGACAUGAAAUUACAUCGAUUCUCUUAAGAUAUGGAAAGGGUAGAGGACUCCAGUAGAUAUUCUUCAGCUUUGGUAGUUGAGCCAGCGUAAGAAAUUCCAGCCUUCGAAAUGGAACAAUCCCUGAUUUUUCGCCUUGGCCACCUUUAUCUUUGUUUAUUAUAUCUUCUAACUGGUUUGCAAUUUGAACAGAGAGAAUUCUAAGAUUUGGAGCGAACAUCAAUAACGUCAACUCCUUCAGGCAUUUGCAAUCCAUUAUAAUCACCUUAGAGAGGCUCAAGAAGCAUGUGGUCUUCGGAAUGUGCAGAGGAGAAAUUGUCUUGCUUUUGAUGCAUAUCGUUCCCAUCUUUAUCUCAGAGAUACUGCACCACACAAUGUUUAAUUCACGUAGAUUGUCCAUAGAUAUUGGAAGUGAGAUUCCAGAUGAUUCGAGACGCAUACCCCUGAUCGUUAGAUUUCUUGUUGCACACGUCAAUCUACUAGAGCUCAAAAAUUGUUCCAGACAUUGUAGGAGAUUGAUAUCUAUGGUUAAAACUUCUAAAUCUUCCAAAGUUUGCAGCUCCUCCAGUACGUUGCAAUCCAAUGAAAAUCCAGCACGAGAUAAAUUCAAUAUUUUCAAGCUAUGCAGACUUGAUAAUAUCCCAUCAAUACUUGAAAGGUUAUCUGUCUCCUCCAAAUCCAAGUGAAUUAACUUUUUCAACUCUUG